UAUGUUUUCUCAAAACACUUGGGGUCUUCGAACUUGAUUCAUCCCAGGUGGAUGGUUCCAAUCACUGGAGCCAGCCCUAAGCUGGAUGUCAACAGACAUUUCAUCUACUUAGAUUUCUGUUCAUUGGUAGAGGGCCUCAGGUAGUAGGGGAACUCUGGGUAAGCCCAGAGGGAACCUGCUGACAAGGUCUGCUUUGGCUUCCCACCUCCCUCUGGUGUUCUCACCUUACUGAGAAGUCAAGGAGGGAGUGACCACCUGUGUUCUAUUUACACAUCAACAGCAGGAUGCUUAUACUUACCACAGGUGUUAACACAGUGUGCUGUGGGAUGGCCUGCUACCAUAGUUAACACUUGCUCAGUGUGCUGGGAUGAUGUAAUCAUGCUGAGAUAUUUAAGGGCUGGGAAGACUGGAAAGACACUUCAUCUUGGACCAUCCCAGUGGCUCUCCUGCUUCCUUCACUCCUCCACUAAGACCAAGGUUAGUCUCAAUAUCCUCCAGAGAGCUAGUCCGGACACUACCUUUUGGCACCCAACGUAGGCCUCUAGAAAGUGUAGUAUAUUUUGUCACCCCAAUUUGGGGGCUCAAAAAAGCACACUGUGUUUGGCACCCAAGUGAGGCCUUAGAGGUGGGGUUCUGGGCGUUAAGCCCUAUUCUCAGCAGCUCAACUGACAGGAUUGUUGAGCUCAGUGGAGAAGUCCCCAAGACCUGGGAAGACUCUGCUCUUGAGCAGCUCAUGAGCAGAUGGCAGCAGAUGGAGCCCAAGGAGAAUGUGACUUCUGGCUUUCUCAUGGCUCCCAUUCAGGAACCAGUGACCUUCUGGGACGUGGCUGUGGAUUUCACUUGUGAAGAGUGGAGGGUCCUGGAGCCUGCCCAGAGGGCCCUGCACAGGAACGUGAUGCUGGAGAACUACCAGAACCUGCUCUCUGUGGGGAUUCCUGUUUCCAGACUGGAUCUGAUCUCUCUAUUGGAGAAGCAAGAAAGAGCCUCGAGUUCCAAGAGCAGAGACUGCAGUGGGUCUCCUCAAGAUUCACUUACCAUACAUCAAAGAACUCACACUGGAGAGAAACCCAUUGAAUUUAAUGAGUGUGGAAAAGCCUUCAAUCAUCGAGGAUCCCUUACUGUACAUCAGAGCACUCAUACUGGGGAGAAACCAUUUGCAUGUAAGGAAUGUGGGAAAGCCUUCAGCCGUCGAGGAAACCUUACUGUACAUCAGAGAACUCACACGGGAGAGAAACCCUUUGAAUGUAAUGAGUGUGGGAAAGCCUUCAGCCAUCAAGGAGGCCUUAUUGUACAUCAGAGAACUCACACUGGAGAGAAACCCUUUGAAUUUAAUGGGGGAAAAGCCCAAUCAUCGAGGAAUGUGGGAAAGCCUUACCGUCGAGGAAACCUUACUGUACAUCAGAGAACUCACACGGGAGAGAAACCCUUUGAAUGUAAUGAGUGUGGGAAAGCCUUUAGCCGUCGAGGAAACCUUACUGUACAUCAGAGAACUCACACUGGAGAGAAACCCUUUGCAUGUAAUGAGUGUGGAAAAGCCUUCAACCAUCAAGGAGGCCUUAUUGUACAUCAGAGAACUCACACUGGAGAGAAACCAUUUGUAUGUAAGGAAUGUGGGAAAGGUUUUAGUCAGAGGAACAGUCUCACUAUUCAUCAGAGAAUUCAUACUGGAGAGAAACCCUUUGUAUGUAAUGAGUGUGGAAAAUCCUUCAGCUGUCAAGGAUACCUUACUGUACAUCACAGAACUCACACUGGAGAGAAACCCUUUGCAUGUAAUGAGUGGAGGAAAGACUUUAGUAGGAGGUCUAGCCUUAUUACUCAUCAGAAAAUUCAUACUGGAGAGAAACAGAAUUUGUUGAAAUAGAGAGAUUUCAGACAGGAACCACCCCUUCACUGUCACCAGAGAAUUCAUAUGAUUCCAGCAACUCAAUAGGAGAAACAUCUAUCCUUUUUAAAAUAUUUCAUUGUGGCUCUUUUUGGUUAACAUGCCAACUGUACUUCUCAACCUGGGCCUUUUUUAUCCCCUCCAAAUGCAGCCCCUGAAAAAACUGACAUUGUAUGUAUUGUUUCACACUGAGUCCACUAUGCUUAUAAAGAAGAGGGGAUGAAGUAACAUUGUCUUUUCUCAGAAUUUGAUUUGGUUUUUAUAACUUUUUAAAUCUGAUUUUUAAUAUAUUGGUGUAUUUCAAAAAUGCAAUUGAUGUAUCUAAUGUAUUGAUAUAUUUAAUAAAUGAUAUUCUAUUCAUUUUUUGUAUUUUAUUAUUAUAUGACUUUUGAGCAAUAAAUUAUCCUUUUGGUGCCUGCUUUAGCUGUAUGCCAGGAAUUUUGGAAUAUUGACUCACUUUUACCAUUGUCUUUGAAGCUGUUCCUGUUUCCACAAUCUGUCCUUUGAGUGACAUAUUUAACAUUUCACUAUUUC